AUGGCAGAUUUACACUAUGACGUGUGCGCAAUUAGUGGCGCCAGUUGCAGUGGUCUGCCCGCCAUCAAGAGUGCCAUCGAAGAUGGUUGUGAGGCAGUAUGUUUCGAAAUGUCAAACGAUAUAGGAGGGCUCUGGCGAUAUAAACCAGAUGCAUGUCCAGGUAGGAUCACUGGAUAG